AUGUCUACUCAUACUGAAAUCGCUCAAAUAUUUCACGGAACCUUUAUACAUCCAGUGUCCUUAGAUAACUUGGAAAUUAUCGAAAAUGGGUUAAUGGGCGUAGACGCACAUGGGAGAAUUGCAUUUGUGGAGCGAGGGGUCAUUGGUGAUUUGAAGAUUCGUGAAGUUUUAUCAAAGUGGAAAGUAGUAGUAAAUGGCGAAGAGAAGGUAAGAUUUUUAACAAUGGGUCAAUUUCUAUUGCCUGGUUUCAUUGACACGCACACCCAUGCAGCACAAUAUCCAAAUGCUGGCACAGGGAGGGACCUUCCUCUACUCGAAUGGCUAAAAAAAUACACCUUUCCGCUAGAAUCUUCAUUUUCUUUGCUUUCGUACGCUCAAAAAAUAUACCCGAUAGUCGUGGAUCAAUUAUUGCUCAGCGGCACAACCACUGCCGUCUAUUUUGCGACGAUCCAUCUUGAAUCGAGUAAAUACCUUGCACAGGUCGCAUACGAAAGAGGACAGCGUGCGUUCGUGGGAAAAGUGAGCAUGGAUUGUAACGCGCCUAAUUGUUUGAUCGAAGUGGUGGAAGAGAGUAUCAAAGAAACUGAAUCUUUUGUUCAGUAUGUGUUAGGUUUGGAUCCUAAUGAAAAUAAUGACUAUGACGGUGAAUACGAGAGAAGGGGUACGCGAUUAGUGACUCCGGUGUUAACUCCGAGAUUUGCGGUGUCGUGUACCUCGAAAAUGCUGGAAGCUUUGGGUAAGCUGGCGAAGAAAUAUGAUGAUAUACCGAUUCAAUCACAUUUAUCAGAAAAUCAAGAAGAAGUAGCAUUUGUCAAAGAAUUAUUUCCCCACAUUGAGAAUUAUACAAAGGUAUAUGACGAUCAUGAACUAUUGAAUGAUCGAUCGAUCAUGGCUCAUGGUAUUUAUUUGUCCGAGUCGGAACGAGCAUUGAUCAAAGAACGGAACGCAGGAAUAUCACAUUGUCCAAAUUCCAAUUUCACUAUUUUAUCAGGUGUUUGUAAUGUACGUCAAUUACUAGAUGACGGGAUAAAAGUCGGAUUAGGAACCGACAUUAGUGGUGGUUCGGCAAAAAGUAUAUUGAACGCUGUACGGAAUGCAGGUGUCGCUAGUCGGGUGAUUUCCAUGUCGUCGUCUAACAAUGACAACGAAAUGAGACAACAACCUCUUUCGCUACCUGAACUCUUGUAUCUUGCUACAAUGGGCGGAGCACGGCUGCUUAAUCUCGAGAACGUAAUUGGGAAUUUCCAAGUCGGAAAAGAAUUCGAUGCUUUGUUGGUCGAUACCGUCACUCCUGUUGAUCCGGCUCCUUUUAAAGUGUUUGAAGGAAUCGAUGACAGUGAUGUGUUGAGAAUGUUUGAAAAAUUUAUGUUUUUGGGCGAUGAAAGAAAUUUGAGAGCUGUUUAUGUUAAAGGACGAAUGGUUUCUGGAGUCGAGUUUAUUAGGAAUAAUAAGAGUAGCACUAGUAAUAGUGAUGAUGAUGCUAUUAUCAUGAAGAAAAUUAACGAAUAUAAGAAUAGUGGAAGGUGUCCCGUUUGUAACGAUAGUAAAAAUUAA